CGACCCAAAAUUUACCGACUUGUUGGCGACUUUUGCUCAAUCCCUGUGAUCCUAUUGAGGCGGUUUUGCGAGUUUUCUAAAAUUUUGCGUCUUCUGGCCUCACGGCGUCUCGAGGCAUCGUCCAUAAUUUUGACAGGCUUAUCACAAAACUUGACAUUUGUUUGGCAACGUUGCCAAUCAUUUUUUUGUUAAAAAUUCGAAUUACGUAACUGAUUUGUUGUUUGUUCUUGAUAAUGGCUUAAACUUGAACCAGAAUUGGACUUGGUACAGUUUUGGUGGUGGAAGAGAGUCGGAAAGCGGCAAAAACGCAAGUGUUGUGCAACACGUGGCAUCGCCGCAUUUAUCAGUUGUGCUUGCGAUAUUUUUAAUGUAGCUUAGAACGUAUUAAUCCUAAACAAUCAUGAAUAAUUCCGAAAACAAUGCCUCGUCUAGAGCCGGCCGGCCUAAGCGAAAUGUGCGAAAGUCCCUACCUAAGACAAGGGCCGGCUUAAGUGAAACACUGUUCUAUUGUGCAAGCUUUAUGUUCUUUACCGUGACUUAUCUUUGCAAUCAAAACAACUUACUGAAUUUUAUUGGCACAGUUUUUAUUUUGUCGAUACCAUCGCUACUUUUGUUUAUAUUCGAGUUGAUUUCUCGUUUUUUGCAUGGUGUUGAAGAAUACAAACAUUUGGGAACACGUUACGGGAACAGUUUUGUAACUUUCCUUAGAGACAUUUUUUAUUUUCCAAACAUAGUUUAUAUUGUCUAUUCUAUUUUUACAUUUUUUGCGUACGUAAUUUACACCCAGUACAAUAAAUUACCGCACGUUUUGUGGUACGAAAUGGGCCCAAUCUCCAUGUUGUCGUCACUAGCGUGUGUAUUUUUUAUACAGAAAAACCUCAAAGUGCAAAGUGGCCCUUUGUACGACUCCCUCUGGAUCGAAAAUUGCCCAGGGCUGGACUACGGUUCAGGAAUGGCCCAUUCGUUCUUCCACGGUUACCUCAAAUUGAUAAUCCCCCACACGGGCACUUCAGAGAAGCACCUCGAAGAGCUUAUGAAGGAUUACGAGGACCGACACCACGUAAAACUCGAGUUUUACAAGUUGUUUAUUCUAAUACCAAAGUCGCUUUAUUGCUCAACUAGCUUAAAAACCGACAAGUCGCCAAGCAUUGAAGAGAGCUCUUCGCUUGAGGAAAAGGUAAUGACAGUGGCGGGUGUACAAAACCGCGUCUACAAAAACUCAGUUUACAAAAUCAAAUCCGAAUCUGAAAAUGGUCGCAAACAAUACAAAUAUGUGGCGGCUGAAUAUGCCACACCCUUGAAAACGUUCAAAGAUGUGGUGGGCUGUAACGGCGCCCAUUCAAGCUACUACGCGAAGCACAAGAAUGAUAUUGUUUUGCAGUUUUACUUAACGUUGCAGAAGGUGUUGAAAGAACACGAAAACUGUACCGAUUUUUGCGAAUUGAUUUUCUACGACGAUAAGGAUGAAAAUGGGGACAUUAAGGACGUGGGACAGAUUCUUCUACAACGCAUUAGGAAAUUGCAGCGAGCAUAUAAACAAUAAAAUUGUGUUGUAAACAUGAGCCAAAGGCUGUGCUAGUCUUAAAAAAUAAUCCUCUUAUAUGCGCUAUCACUAUUGAGGUAGGUCAGUAAUAAUUGAAGCUAAACAAACACUUCAGUAUUUUGAUGGGCUUUGCCAGAAAUAUAGGGUGUUUUACAUAACUUUACAAAAGUCACAAAACGCUAGAUACAUAAAUACACAUUUAAUUAUUUAAUUUUUGGAAAUUUUAACUUUAUUGACACAAAAUUUUACCCAAAAAUAUAUGAUUAACUAACAAAAAAGCUACAAGUCGUUUAAGAUCAAUUUAUAUUUUUUUAUAAUUUCAUUUAUUUUUGAGAUUUUGGAUAUUUCGUCUAAUAUUUCCGAAACUACGAAUCGUAGAGCAAAAAAGGCGAUAGAUUUGGAAUUCUCAGUCCAUUUUCCGUUAAUAUGCAUGCAUACUUUUGUUAAGUUUUCAAUUAUUUUGAUUUCGAUAUUUUUUUACUGGUACGCUUCUAAGUAAAAAUGGUACCAAAGUUCUUUUAUUCGGAUUAUUCGCAUAAUUUUGACUCGAUUGCCACAAAAUUUUGCCCAGAAAUAGUCAAUUAAUUAGCAAAGUCGUAUGAGAUCAAUUUAUAUUUUUUUACAAUUUUAUUUAAUUUUCAUAGAUUGGAAAAAAUAAAAUGAACUAUACAGGGUGUUAGGGAAUAGUUUAGCAAUAUUUAGUAAGUGAAUUUGUUAUGAUGAGAAAUUUUUCAAAAUUGUAGAUAACAUGUUCACUUGUGUAGGAAGUUCGAAUCCCGGUCCUAGCAAAAAAAAUAGUUUUUUUUUGUAAAAUUUUAUAACAAAACAAAUUGAAAUAUAAGAAUAAUGUAGUCGACCAGCAAGUUAAUUUACCUCUGUAGUUUUAUCAAUAAUUUUAAAAUUUAUGCUAAUUUUUAUAAUUGUAUUUCAGCGGUUCUCAAAAUUUGGGACUAAUUUAAGACUGAUUUUUUGGGAAAACUAUCCAUUUUUGCUUAACAUAAAUUUUGUUUAAUCGCUUCGAUUUACCAAUCUCUGUCUACCUUUAAAUUUUUGCUAAAUCAUUUCCUAACACGCUGUAUUUUGUCUCCGAGUAGUAUCUCCAUAACUACGAACUGUAGAGCAAAAAGGUCGAUUUGGAAUCCUCAGACAAUUUUCCAUUAAUAGACAUGCGUACUUUUGUUAUAAGUUUCGGUUAUUCUAACUUUGAUAUUAUUUUUACUGGCAGGUUUCUAAGUAAAAAUUCUGCCAAAGGUCCUUUAUUCGCAUUAUUCCCACAAUUUCGACAAAACUGAGCUCAGAAAUAGAUAAGUAACUGUGAUAAACAAGUCGUUGUAGAUAAAUGUACAUUUUUUUUUAUAAUUUCCUUUAUUUUUAGUAGGUCGAUUGGAAAAAUUAAAAACGAAAAUGACCAUUUUUAAUCUAAUAUUUUCAAAUUUAAAGCGUAGAACAAAAAUUGAGACUGUUUUAGAAUCAUAAGACAAUUUUACGUCACAAAGGCUUACUUUUGACAUUAAUUUUCGGUUAGUGUGAUAUCGAUGUUUUUUUAUUAUUGGUAUAUUUAUUUUGAUAAAUAAACAUAUUGACAAAGCUGUUUCUUUCGGAUAAUUUGAACAAUUAUUUUGAGUCGAUUGCUACACAAUUUAAUUGUUUAGGAAUAAGUAGUAAACGGAAUAUGAGUUUUAGAUAAAUUUAUAUUUUUUGAUUUUUUUAUUUUACUCGAUUGGAAAAAUAAAGUAGACUAGGUAUACUAAUUUCAUCUAAUUCUCCAACACUACGAUUCCUAGAAUAGAAACGGAUUUUGAAUCAUCGUCUGACAAUUUUACGUAUAGGUGGAAAAUAAGUUAUUAAUAAUUAAUAUUAACUUACUUUGAUCUGUUUCUGUAGUUUUACUUUUAUACAAUUUUUUACAAAAUUAUUCCUCAAAAAUAUUUUUUCCCUUCUUCAAAUGUAAAGCGCGUUUUUUUUUUUUUUUUAAUAGGAAACUCACUUUUCGUGCGAAAUUUUGUUCAAAUAAUUGACCGGAAAUUGAAAGUGACAUAAUUUUCGAAUGUUUUUUCAUUUCUCUCUCGACACUGCUCACAAGAUCAAUCGUUGUUGUACUUUUUUUCUUGAAUAUUACACAAAAUAAACCUGCCCUGAUGUUUAAAGCAUAAAAAAGACAAAAAAUUUAUUACGUGUUUAUUUGGCUUCAAUUAACUAACCUACCCCAAAAACAAGGAUGUUACGUGCCAUCAUGCGUGUAUUCGGGGAAUCAAGUCUGUAUUUUUUUAUGACAAUUAAUUUCAUAAUAUUGCGUAAUUUAAUUGUAAUUUUUAAAUAAAUAAAUAAUAAAAAUUGAA